AGGCAAUCGUCGUCGUCGUCGCCGUCGUCGUCGCUGUUGCUGUGGCCGUCGCGUCGGUCCGUGUGGAUGUGGAUCGAGAUCUCCAAGUCGCAGUCACAACUCGCCGGUAGCCGUCGCCGCAGCGCAAGAAUAUUUUUUCCAUACAAGUUCUUGAAAUAAAGCAAAGAAAACUUACGCAGUUCUAACCAAAAUACGAAGUCUGAUAUAAAUAUUAAAAUAAUAAGUAAAAUACCAGCCAACAGGCAAAAGCAACAACAACUUUAACGACUACUUUUUGCUGCUCGAGAUGUAAGCGGAAAGCCGGCCAAUCAGCCAGUCAAUUGAUCGCCGCUUGACGCGCAAACCCAAAAAAAUGGUUCAAUUAUGUUACCCGCAACAACCACACAACCACAACAGCAGCAGCCAAAUACUAGAAGCAGCAUUCUCAGUGCCAGCACCCAAAGCCACAGCUUAAGCAGCAACACAAGUGGAGGCAGCAGCAGCAGCAGCAGCAGUAGCAGUAGCAGUAGCAACAUCCAACACUCGGCAGCUCCAUUGAAACUUAAGAACCAAAUCAAACAGCGACCAAAACCAAACCGAAACCGACAGCAAAUUAGCAUACCCAUAGCAACAAGGGUAGCGGGAACAGGAGCAGAAGUAGAAGCAGUAGCAGUAGCAGGAGGAGCACAGGAAACAGGACAACGCCAUGGGCUGCUCGCCGAGCACAUUGCCCAACUCGUCGUCGUCGACAGCAGCGGCGCCGGGUGGCGGAAACGGUGGCAAUGCCAACUUGCCAUUGGAUGGCAAUGAGAAGGAUGGCAGCCUUCUGUUCUGCAUCAAGUUGCGGCGAAGCCGCAUGCGCCGCUGCAGCUGUGGCGCCGUCACACUGCAGAAUCAGAACGGGGACGGCAGCACGGGCAGUGCCACCUGCGGCGAUAACAUGAUGUGCAACCAGGGUCUGCUAAAUCCGCUGCAGACCAAAAACGAGUCUGACUACGAGAAGCUCAGCACUGGCAAAAAGGAUUCCAUUGUGACGGUGGCAGCCUUGGGCAACUUUACACACAGCGUUGUGCGACGUGCAACCGGAACGGGCAGCACCGGCACAUCGGGCACCAGCUCCUCUGGUGGCGGCGGCGGCAACGGUCGUCCUGGUCACCGCAAGUCCUCGCUGGCGCUGGCACUGACGCCCGAGGAUGAGUCAAUGGACGUGUAUCAGCGAAAUCUCAUGGACUUGAAAUAUCCAACCGUGCUACCACCGAAUCCUCAACUUAAGGCGCUUUUAGUUUUUCACAAAUCGGAUAGCAUCUGCGAGGUGGUCACCUUGGCCUGCCAGCGCCAUCAAUUGGACGCAACGCUGGUUAAAUCCAAAGAGGAAGCCCUCGAAACCCUGCACAAGUCAUAUGCCACAGCGCAAUGCUAUCAUUUAAUUAUAAUUGAUGCGCGCUCCACAAAAGGUCUCGAUUCCGAGCACAUUGCAAGAACAAUACGUCACACACAUGGACAUCAUUUAACGACAAUAAUUGCCGUCUGCAAGAAGAGUUUCUUUGAAAAGGAUGAUGCGCUAAUUGCUCUAUUGGACGCUGGCGUUAAUAGAUGCAUAGCCGAGACGACCAACCUGGCGAUGUGCAGCGUGGAACUGAAGCAGAUACUGCACUCGAUCAUAAGACCGCAUAAUGUUAUGUCCACUCAACAGGCACUAUACACGGCCCUGCACCGGCUGAAGGAGGUGGUGCUCAUCACGGACGACGUGCUGCGCAUACAGUAUGCCAACCGGGCCACCGAACGGCUGCUCAACAUGCGGCUGGAUGAAAUAAUUAGCAAGCCAUUAGCCGACAUCUUCGUCUCGGACCUGUCCACCAUCAGUGAGCAGGGCAAGAGCAUCAAGGAGUUUGAUGGCAUACUGACGGUCCGUCGCAAGAAUCAGGAGGGCAUACCCAUGCACGUGCGUGUCGUGCCCGUGGCCUGCAUUGGCAGUGCGCCCACCCAUCUGAUUUUCAACUUUGACAUACCCGGCGGCGGUAUGGACUUCAUUGCCACGCUGCCGCAGCCAAAGGAGGCGCCGCGCGGUUCUCUGCACUCGGUGCGUCGCUGCAGCUUCGAUGUGCGCUCCAUUGCGUCCGACGGACUGCGUCGCACCAGCCUGGCCAAGCUGACGUCGCUGCCCCUGGAGGCGCCCAUCACCAAAAUAAUCAAUUUACUAUCACAAGUACAGGAGAAUUGUUCAGCCGACGAGGCACGCCUCAUAGACAAAGUCUUGGAGUUCCUUAAGCGCGAAGGACUCUACAGUCCACAAAUGAAAGAGAUACGCACCGAUGAUCCCAUAGCCACCGAUCUCAUUGGCGCCCUUCUAACGGGUCCCAGUGUCUACUCGUCGCGACGCAGCUCCAACGACUCCAUCAUCCGCACUGGCAACUCGACGCGCGCUGCCACCAUUGUGCCCGCCAAGAUGAAGGCCAAUCCCAUUAUCAUGGAACUACUUGAAGAAUCUCUUAGCUGGGACUUUGAUAUUUUCAAAUUGGAAGAGAUCACCGACUACCAUCCGCUGCUGUACUUGGGCAUGGAAAUGUUCCGGCGCUUUGAUGUCUUUGCCACACUGAACAUUGAGGAGAACGUCUGCAAAGCCUGGCUGGCCGUUAUCGAGGCGCACUAUCACAAGAGCAACACAUAUCACAAUAGCACACACGCCGCGGACGUCAUGCAGGCAACGGGCGCCUUCAUCACACAGCUGGCCAACAAGGACAUGGUAAUGGAUCGCAUGGAUGAGGCCACGGCCUUGAUUGCGGCAGCGGCGCACGAUGUCGAUCAUCCUGGUCGCUCCUCCGCUUUUCUGUGCAACUCGAACAAUCCCUUGGCCAUAUUGUAUAACGAUCUGACGGUGCUGGAGUCGCAUCAUGCGGCAAUCACCUUCAAGCUGACCCUGGGCGACGACAAGAUCAACAUUUUCAAGAACUUGGACACAGAGACGUACAAAUCGGCGCGCAGCACAAUUAUCGAUAUGAUUCUGGCCACGGAAAUGACGCGUCACUUUGAGCACUUGGCCAAGUUUGUGAGCGUCUUUGGCAGCGAGGUUGAGCCGCGUGAGCUCGUGCAGUCGGAGGAGGAGACAUCCAUACUCAUGCGCCGCAUGCUCAUCAAGGUGGCCGAUGUGAGCAAUCCAGCGCGUCCAAUGCAGUACUGCAUCGAGUGGGCGCGCCGCAUUGCCGAGGAGUACUUUAUGCAGACGGACGAGGAGAAGCAGCGCCACAUGCCCAUUGUGAUGCCCAUGUUCGAUCGCGCCACCUGCAGCAUACCAAAGAGCCAGAUUGGUUUCAUCGAAUAUAUAAUACAGGAUAUGAUGCAUGCCUGGGACGGUUUUCUGGACAUGCCUCAGCUGAUCACGUGCAUGCAGAUCAACUACUCACAGUGGAAGAAAUAUGAUGAGCAGGGCGUUAAUACCCUUGCCGAUAUUAUGGCCAAGCAGCCGCCUGUGGGCAUUAAGCCGUCCAAUUCUAAAUAGCAUACGGCUUUUCGGAGAUUAUUCUCGGGUCUACUGAAGCCGCUGCCGGCCCAGGCGCCUGCCACAUCCACAAUUGGCGAGAACGAAAUGGAGGAUAUGCUCUAGUGCAGGCGAAUCCGGGCCCAGAGACGUGGCUUUCGUCGCACUCUCUCGGCAUAGGUAUCGUUCUUGUUGUUGUCGCUUGUAUUGCACACAUAUCUCGACUAAAUAACGCUUCCCAAACAGCUCUGUUUGUGUGUGUGUUUAGGUGGAUUCUUAAUCCUUAUUGCGAGCUAGCCACAAGAAAUGGUGCCAAAACAAACAAAGAUUUCACACACACAAGAAAACAAAAACAACAAAACAAACAAAUAGAUAAUUGUCGCAAAUGUUUGAAGAGCAAAACAAAACAAGAAAAAAACAAAGAUAACAAAAAAAAAAAAUUAUUGGGCUGGACUCAAAAUUUAAUAUUUAAGUAACAUCGCAAAAAAGAAAGCAAAAUUUGUGUGUAUAUGUAUAUCUGUGUGCCCUAUUAAAUGUGUGUGCGUGUGCGUUAAAACAUUUAUAUAUAUAUAUAUAUAAGUAUAUAAAUAAAUACAAAUCUACAUGCAAAUACAUGAAAUAUAGCAAGCAUAGUCGCAUAUUGUCCAACGAACAAUAUGCCGCGCGCUCUAGGGUACCUAAAACGGUAUAACGGCAUAACCAACAAAAUGGCGUCGCGGCCAUUGCACACACACACACACACACACACACACACACAUACUAGUUGAUAAGUCGUGCGUGUUGCCCUCUCCCACCUUCAGUCACCAGCAGCCCCUCACACACGAAGACAAUCUCUGUUUAAUACAAAUGUCCAACUACUUUUAAAUUAAGAUAAAUCGCAUGGCCAUAGCUAGAUGAGUGUGUGUGUGUGUGUGUUUGUGUGUGCGUGUUAGGUCUUUGCAUGGUUUAGCUGGGACAGCACAUGAUGUGCAUAGCAGACGAACUUUUGCUAGAACUACAUCAAUAUCUAUUUCUACUAAUGUACAACAACUAAAUUGAUUAGCAAAAAUACAGAAACAAAAAAAAAAACAAAAACAACAACAAUUCGAAUCCACAUAUGUAACGUGCGAAAUUCUA